AUGAGCUUCUUAAGUAACAAUAGCGAUAAUGAACGACCCUCUCAAGACGAGCAUAAUGGCUGUGAAUACCUUGAAAUGGCCCUUACAGUCUUUGUGAUUGGUGCAUCGGGAGAUCUAGCUAAGAAGAAGACGUAUCCUUCUCUCUUUGCACUCUACGCGUCAGGCUAUCUUCCAGAGCAUGUGGUUGUCGUGGGUUACGCACGCAGCGAUAAGAAUGAUGCUGACUUUCGCAAGCAGAUUGCACCUUAUAUUAAACCCAAGACGCCUGAGGCUGAGGCCAAGAAAGAGGCCUUCCUCGGCAAAUGCAUUUACCGCAGCGGCAAUUACGACUCGUCCGAUGACGUGGGCAAGGUUAGCAAGGAAAUGGAGGCGCUCGAGGAAGCUCAAGGCACGACUGGGGUCAACCGUCUUUUCUACUUUGCCAUCCCGCCAACGGUUUUUGAGCCUAUCGGCUUGAGCAUCAAGAAAGCGGCACUUACGUCAUGUGGCUGGAACCGUCUAAUUGUGGAAAAACCCUUUGGCCACGACCUUGAAUCAUUCAACAAGCUCUCAAACGAUAUGAGUGCACUCUACGGUGAGGACGAAAUCUACCGUAUUGACCACUACCUGGGCAAGGAGAUGGUACAGAACCUGCUAAUGCUACGCUUUGGCAACACGAUCUUUGAACCUGUUUGGAACCGCAAUUACAUCUCGAGCGUGACUAUUACUUUCAAGGAAGACAUCGGCACACAGGGCCGCGGUGGCUACUUUGACUCGUACGGUAUCAUCCGUGAUGUCAUGCAGAACCACUUGCUGCAAGUGCUUUCGCUUGUAGCUAUGGAGGCGCCUGUCAUGGCUGCUGGUAAGGAUUACUCAAACUACAUUCGUGACGAGAAGGUCAAGGUGCUGAACUGUAUUGAGCCUAUCAAGUUGGAAGACACCGUGCUAGGCCAAUACGAGGGUGAUAAGGAGCGCAAUGAGCCGGGCUACCUCGAGGACCCGACUGUACCCAAGGGAUCAGUGACUCCCACGUUUGCCACUGCGAUUAUGUAUGUGAACAAUCCGCGCUGGUCUGGGGUUCCGUUCAUCAUGAAGGCAGGCAAAGCCUUGAACGAGCGCAAGGGCGAGAUUCGAGUACAGUUUCGCUCACCUCCUGGAGCGGAGUACAUGUUUCCGGGUGUAAAGAUUCCCGUGCAGGAAUUGGUGCUGCGUCUGCAGCCAGAGGAGGCCGUGUAUAUGAAGAUGAACGUGAAGAGCCUGGGUCUACAGACCCAGGCAAUCUCGAGUGAGCUCGAUUUGUCUUAUGCCGAGCGUUACGAAGGCACAGAAGUGCCCGACGCUUACACACGCCUUAUCCUUGAUGUGCUACGUGGCAAACAGGCCACUUUUGUACGCGAUGACGAGUUGCGCGCAGCUUGGAAGAUCUUUACGCCGCUGCUGGAUGAGAUUGAGAGGCAGCAGGUCAAGCCGCUGCCGUAUGCUUUCGGCUCACGUGGACCCAAGGAGAGUGACGAGCUAGUGAACAGGGCUGGAUUCCAGUAUCAUGAUGGUGCGUAUCAGUGGCACCGUACCUCUAGCGCACUGUAA